AUGAGUGAUGAAGAGGAGGAUGGGAAUGGAAUUGGAAUUGGAAUUGGAAUUGGAAUUGGAAUUGGAAAUGGAAUUGGAAAUGGAAAUGGAAUUGGAAUUGGAAAUGGAGAUACAGAGAUCGGGAUGUAUGGAUUUGGAUUAGAGAUUGGAGUUGAGGAUGGGGUGGAGGUGGAGGGAGAGGGGGAGGUUGGAAUUGAGAUUGAGAUGGGAUUGGGAUUGGAAGUGUAUGAGGAAUGGGUAAUGAGUGAUGAGUGA